AUGACAGUAUAUGCUUCAAAGAAUGCAUCGAGUUUCGAACUUUCACUAAAUCUUGCUUGCUGGGUUAUCAAUUUCUUCGAUUCCCUUGGUGGCUUAUUCAUCUCACUCUAUAUGUUAAUAAGUCAUGAUGAUCUAGAAUAUUUCAAGAAGGAACACAGAAUAUAUUUCAUCACUAAGAAGGAAUAUCAAGGAUAAUUCGAGAAAAUGGAAAUGCAAUUCAAAGUCAAAAGUGGUUACUAUGGUGUUUUAUUUGCAAUUUCACUCGUAAUGCUCAUCUUAACACUCAUUGAUUUCCUGGGGUCUGUAAUGUGA